AUGGAGCAGUGUGAGAGCGCGGCUGCUCUGCUGGAGUCAGUCAGGGAGCAGGAGGUGCAGUUUGAGCAGCUGAGCCGGGCCCUGGAGGAGGAGAGGAGGAGAGUGGGGCUCCCCGCCACCAGCCCCUCCGCCAUGGGCCUCUCUCUGCCCCACAAGCAGAACGGGCGCUUGUGUGAUGCAGACAUUGAGCGCUUAAAACUGACUGACCCAUACUUAAACGGCACACAGUACAGGAUGGUGGACCCUGCACACAACUCUGUUGAUGACGGCUACACACCAGAAGAUGACUCCCACGAGGCCCAUUCUGUUUUCUCCGAUGAAGGAACAGCCCGGCGACAAGAUAAUGGGUUGAAAAAGCCAAUGUCGCGCACCGUCAUGCCGUCAGACUCCAUGUCCAUUGAUGGAGGUCUUACCAUGCCAGGGAUGGGAGUGUACAGUGCCACGUUGGACCGGUCCUACAGACAGAUCGGGGUUUCAGACUACCCCACCGCCACUGUCCCCAGAAACUACCACUACGCCCCCGUUGGGGGUUAUGAAGACUACAGGGCAGCCCCACCUUCAGAGGCGUACACCAGUUUAAGCAGAGGCUCACACAUGGACGAACGUUACAGGCCUGUUGAUGGCUACAGAACCUUGGACUCUGGUUACCGGGCGCCGAGCCGGCAGCAGAUGGAUCCUUACGCCGCUCAGCCUCAAGUGAGCCGAGGGAUGAGGGGCAUGGGCUCUGCCAUGGACAUGAGGUAUGGCCAUGGGCACUACGGGCUGGAGGACGACCAACGCAGUGUGGGCUAUGAUGACUACGGCAUGGGACCCCCGCCCAUGCACCCCGGAGGCUAUGGGACCAUGCCUCGCCUCGGAGCAGGCCCCGGAGGCAUGGACAGGAGGAGAUUGAGGAGCUGUGAAGACACCUUAGACAGUGAUGUUGGAAUGGACCCUUACGCCUGGGGAGUCCCUAUGACGCUAGAUAGAGGCAGCAUGGCGUCUCUGGACAGCACACUGAGAAAGGGUCCUCCCGGUUCUUGGAGACAACCCGAGCUGCCUGAGGUCAUCGCCAUGUUGAGCUAUCGCCUCGAUCCUGUCAAGACAAACGCUGCAGCCUUUCUCCAGCAUCUCACGUUUAAAAAUGAUAAGGUCAAGUCAGAAGUACGUCGAUUGAAAGGUAUUCCAGCACUGGUGUCACUGCUGGACCACCCCAACAAGGAGGUGCACCACUCUGCCUGUGGGGCACUGAAGAAUAUUUCUUAUGGGCGGGACCCAGACAACAAAAUUGCAAUAAAGAAUUGUGAUGGAGUCCCAGCUUUGACUCGAUUACUUAGAAAAACACGUGACCAAGACCUUACAGACACCAUCACCGGCACUUUGUGGAACCUCUCAUCGCACGACGCUGUAAAGAUGGAGAUUGUUGACCAUGCUCUCCAUGCUCUGGCUGAUGAGGUAGUUGUGCCACACUCAGGCUGGGAGCGUGGAGGGAGUGGAGGAGAAGAGAGCUGUAAACCGCGGCACCUGGAGUGGGAGACGGCCUUGACAAACACUGCCGGCUGCCUUCGGAAUGUGAGUUCAGAACGAAGCGAGGCUCGGCGGAAACUACGAGAGUGCUCCGGUUUGGUGGAUUCGCUCAUGUACAUAGUUCAGUCACAGAUCAACCGCAAAGAUGUAGAUAAUAAGCUGGUAGAGAACUGCGUCUGCCUCUUGAGGAACCUGUCCUAUCAGGUCCACAGAGAAAUCCCGGGUUGUGAGCGCUACUUCGACAACACGCCCCUGAGCCAAGGCGGCGCACACGGCCCCAACAAAGGCGGCUGUUUUGGCUCUCGAAAAAGCAAAGACGAGUGGUUUUCAAAAGGAAAGAAAGACGGAGAUGAUGGAAGUUCGGACCAAGUUGACAUUCCAAAGAGGACAACGCCUGCCAAAGGAUAUGAGCUUUUGUAUCAGCCUGAAGUGGUGCGAGUUUACACUUCGCUUCUCAAAGAAAGCAAAAAUCCAUCAGUCCUGGAGGCAGCAGCUGGUGCCAUUCAAAACUUGUGCGCUGGGCGAUGGACGUAUGGGAGAUAUAUUCGAGCUACGGUGCGUCUUGAGAAGGGUCUGCCGAUAAUGGCAGAGUUGCUGGCCCAUGGCAAUGACCGCGUGGUUCGAGCCAUGUCUGGAGCUCUGAGAAACCUUGCCAUUGAUGGGCGGAAUAGCGAACUACUAGGUUUACAUGCAGUGCCUCAUCUUGUGGCCAAUCUCCCUGGAGGCCAAAGUCAGUCGGGGCGCGUUCUUUCAGAGGAGACUGUGGUGUCUGUACUGAGCACUCUGGCUGAAGUCCUGGGGAAUCGACUGGAAGCAGCGAAGACCCUUCGAGCUACGCAGGGCAUCGAAAGGCUGGUGCUUAUCAACAAAGACGGGAAACGUUCUGAGCGUGAGGUGCGAGGGGCCGGGCAGGUGCUGCAGCUCAUCUGGGCUCAUAAGGAGCUCCGUCGGGCGCUGGAGAAGGACGGCUGGAAGAAGACAGACUUCAUGGUGAACCUGAACUCCUCAGUCAGCACUAAUGGCCCCAGCAGCCACGCCAACGGCACCUAUGAGGACAGCACAACGCCACUGCUCGACAGAGGUGAGAAGAGAAAUAUGAUUCCUCUUAAUAAUCUUGGCCCUGAAGCCUACACUACACUGGACCAGAGGAAACGCACUCUGGACGACACUGCUGCCACUUUACCACGAGGGGUCUAUGGGGUCAGAAAAGGCUCCUUGCCCCUGUUGGACUCCUACGAUGGUUAG